AUGGCUUAUGACGUGAAGGACAGCAGCACCGUGCCUGGCGCCCCAUCCCUGAGUGUGUGGCAGGAGACGGCGAGCUCCGCACUGGUGCGUUGGCAGCCGCCCGCUCCGCUGAACCCAGGCGUGGAGCUGCAGGGCUACCGACUGCAGUUCGGCCGCAAGGACGUGAGUCCGCUGGCCACGCUGGAGUUCACGCCGCGCGAGACCGAGUACGCGGUCACCAACGUCCACCGCGGCGCCACCUACCUGUUCCGCCUGUCGGCCAAGAGCCGCGGUGGGUUCGGCGAGGAGGCCGUGCAGGAGCUGACCGUGCCCGAGGAGGUGCCCCGCGGGUACCCGCAGAUCGCCGACCAUGCCAACGUCACCUGCUGCUCCGUCCAGCUGGCCUGGUCGCCGCCGGUGCUCGCCGAGAGGAACGGCGCCAUCACCGAGUACACGCUGGCGUACCAGGAGGCCGACGCGGCGGCAGGGUCCAGCUCUCUCCGCGAGUUCUCCCUGCCCGCCGGACAGUCCAGCUACACGCUCAACGGCCUCAGGCCCGACACCGCCUACGACGUGAAAAUCCGCGCGCACACCCGCGUAGGUCCGGGCCCCUACAGCCCACGUGUCCAGUACCGCACGACCGCCCGCGGAUCAGACGUCCCCCGGAACUUCACCGCCAAGUUCGUCACCAAGACGACAGUGCUCCUGACCUGGAAGUUCUCUGAGAGUCGUCUCCCGUAUCGCUGCAUGAUUGAGUAUAACCGUCAGAAGAUGGACGUGGAUGCGCGUCAGGUCAAGACGCUGGUGGGCGGCCUGCAGGCCAACACGAGCUACGAGUUCCGCAUGUCGUGCGCGGACAGCGGAGAGGGCGCCCCGACACACCGCGUCAUCGUCCGCACCGCGCCGCCCAUCCAGAUGAAGAGGCCCGAGCUGGACCUGGAGCGGGAGCCGGACAACACACUCACCAUCAUCAUCCCACCGCUGGACGCCAAGGACCUGAUCAAGAAUGUGUAUGUAGUGGUGGUGCCCAUGAAGAAAAAUAAAUCACCCCCUGCAACGCCUGAUGACGUAGACCUGGACGAGCUGCUGAAGGAGGCGGGCGUUCAGACGCGGCGGUCACGGCAGCUGCAAGUGACCGAUUCCAGGAGGCCCUACAUCGCGGCCAUCUUCCUGCCGGGCAGCCUGCCGCCCUCCUUCACCCUGGGCAACGAGCUGAUGUACCGCGGCUACGAGAACCGCAUGCUGCAUCCUGGGCAGGAGUACCGCGUGUUCCUGCUGGCGGAACUCAACACCACCAGCGGAAGGAUGUUUGUGACGAGCCCGUUCACGGAGGCGGUGACCGUGACGGAGGUGAACAGCCAGCCCGUGGAGUCUGGUGGUGACGGCCUGAUCUGGGUGGUGGGGCCCGUGCUCGCCGUGGUCUUCAUCAUCUGCAUCGUCAUCGCCAUCCUCCUCUACAAGAAGUGAGUGACGUCGCCAGCGGCCAAUCCCAGCUCAGCUGGAUGUGUGUGAGGCGGGCUCUGCUGCAGCCCAUAGAUAAGAUGCAGACUUGCUCUUCUGCAGAGAAGCCCCAUGCUCUGUCUCUCUGUCUGUCUGUCUGUCUGUCUCUCUUUGUCUGUCUGUCUAUCUCUCGGUCUGUCUGUGUGAAUCUGUCUCUCCCUCUUUCUGCCUCCCCUGUAGUAGAUGCCCAUAAGCCUGCAUGUCUGCCUGCCUAUCUGUCUGUCUGUCUGUCUGUCUGUCUGUCUGCCUGUCUGUCUGUCUGUCUGUCUGUCUGUCUGUCUGUCUGUCUAUGUAUCUAUCUACCUGUCUGUCAGAGGGGCAGUGUUGGGGCAUUAAACCAGGAGAGGGGCAGUGUGUGGGGCAGUGUUGGGGCAUUAAACCAGGAGAGGGGCAGUGUGUGGGGCAGUGUUGGGGCAUUAAACCAGGAGAGGGGCAGCAGAGAGGGGAAGCUAAUGGCUGCCUCUGACAGCUUAACCUUGGAUCACCUCUACCUCUCUCUCUUCCCCUCUUUCUUUC